GGGAGGGCGAGGUGAACUACUUCUCCCAGAGUGCUUCGGGCUCGCCCGGUGACGUCACGCGCCUGCUCUUCAGCGCCCAGGCCCCGGAUAUUGCCUCUUUUUCCUUCUGCCCGAGAUGGCAGGCGAGAAGAAAACCAGGAGGGUCCGGAAGGUCCAUGCCAGCCGCAAUCCGGUGCUGGCCCGAGGGAUCGGGAGAUAUUCCCGGUCAGCCAUGUACGCCCGGAAGGCCAUGUACAAGCGGAAGUACAACGCGCCAGAGACAAAGAUAGAAAAGAAGAAGAAAGAGAAGGUGGCAGCCACUGUUACAAAGACUGUUGGGGGGGAUAAGAACGGAGGCACGCGGGUGGUCAAACUUCGCAAGAUGCCCAGAUACUACCCUACAGAGGACGUUCCCCGUAAGCUCCUGAGCCAUGGCAAAAAGAAUUUUGCCCUCCACAAAAGGAGGCUGCGGAGUUCAAUCACCCCAGGAACGGUGCUGGUCCUUCUCACUGGCCGCCACAGGGGCAAGCGUGUGGUUUUCUUGAAGCAGCUUGGAAGUGGACUGUUGCUUGUAACAGGGCCCUUGGCUAUCAACCGUGUCCCUCUGCGCAGAGCUCACCAAAAGUUUGUCAUUGCCACUUCGACGAAGGUUGAUAUCUCUGGGGUCAAAGUUCCAAAGCACCUCAGUGACGUUUAUUUCAAGAAGAAGAAGCUGCGUAAGCCCAAACAUCAAGAGGGCGAAAUUUUUGACACUGAAAAAGUGAAAUACGAGAUUGCAGAUCAGCGUAAGGCAGACCAGAAGACGGUGGACUCUCAGCUUCUGCCAAUCAUCAAGAAGGUCCCUCAGCUCCGAGGCUACCUGCGCUCAACCUUUUCACUUUCCAAUGGAGUUUAUCCUCACAAAUUGGUCUUCUAAAUAGUCUGAAAAUAUUACAGUAAAAUUUUUUGGGGGAAAAAUUA